AUGGGAAUUUUAGAGAAGAUAUCAGAAAUCGAAAAAGAAAUUGCAAGAACACAAAAAAAUAAAGCCACUGAAUAUCAUUUGGGCCUUCUUAAAGCUAAGCUAGCGAAGUAUCGCUCUCAAUUGCUAGAACCAUCCAAAAAAGGUGGCGAUAAAGGGGAAGGCUUUGAUGUACUCAAAUCAGGGGAUGCUAGAGUGGCACUCAUUGGGUUUCCUUCAGUGGGCAAGUCAACCCUGCUGUCUACGCUGACGCACACACAUUCAGAAGCAGCCAGCUAUGAAUUCACAACUCUCACUUGCAUCCCUGGUGUGAUUGAGUACAGGGGUGCCAACAUACAGCUACUCGACUUGCCUGGUAUUAUUGAAGGUGCUGCUCAGGGCAAAGGCAGAGGUAGACAGGUAAUAGCAGUUGCAAGAACAGCGGACUUGGUGCUUAUGAUGCUGGACGCCACGAAGCCGUAUGUGCACCGGCAGCUGCUGGAGAGGGAGUUGGAGAGCGUCGGCAUUAGGCUCAACAAACCUAAGCCUAAUAUUUAUUUUAAGGUCAAAAAAGGAGGCGGUUUGUCAUUCAACUCCACGUGCCAACUCACUAAAGUAGAUGAAAAAAUGGUGCAAAUGAUUUUGCAUGAAUAUAAAAUUUUCAAUGCAGAGGUACUAUUCCGUGAGGACUGCACCGCCGACGAAUUGAUCGACGUAAUUUUGGCAAAUCGUGUGUAUUUACCCUGCCUCUACGUGUACAACAAGAUCGACCAGAUCUCCAUACAGGAAGUGGACCGCAUCGCGAGAGAACCCAACUCUGUCGUUGUCAGUUGCAACAUGAAAUUGAACUUGGACUAUCUUCUGGAGACGCUGUGGGAGUACUUAUCCCUGAUCCGUGUUUACACCAAGAAGCCAGGACAACCCCCAGAUUUUGACGACGGACUUAUUCUUAGGCGGGGCGUGACAGUAGAACACGUAUGCCACUCCAUUCAUCGUACUCUAGCCGCUCAGCUCAAAUACGCGCUCGUAUGGGGCACCAGCACUAAGUAUUCCCCACAGCGGGUCGGCCUCAACCACACCGUCAACGACGAGGACGUAGUCCAGCUGAUCAAGAAAUAA